AUGGACCAGAAUAGCGUGGAGCAGGAAGUAACAAGAAUUCUUGAACUUCUCAUGGAACGAAAUGUGUCCACCAUUGUUCUUUCUGGGAAAUCAGGAAGUGGGAAAACAUGGAUGGCAAGAAAAGUUGGUCUCCUCGCAGUCACAAAUGAAAGAGUUGACAUUAUGCUUUGGAUUUCAUUGAGUGUUAGGCAUGAUGAGAUGUCUCUCUAUGAGCAUAUUGCUCAUCAGUUGUCUCUACUUUCGACUUCUGCGGAGCUGGAAAUUGAUGAUAUCGAGCAGGUACAGAAUGACAAUGGUAAGGAGGAAACCUUGGAUGACUUGAAAGGAAAGGUGCAGAAAAAACUUUCAGCUAGUAAUGUUCUUCGAGGGAUACUUGUAAUUUUGGAUGAUGAAGGAAACAAAAUGAAAGAAGGGGAUCGAGACUUAGAAGAAGUCCUUCAGUUUAUCCGGCAGAAUGCCUGCCAGCCGUCAAUAGAAGUUGCUGAUAGAGAUGGACAGCAAAAACUUAAGGUGCUAAUAACUUCUAGGAAUGAAGAUAUGAGGCACCAAACUCAGGGGGAUAAGAAAGUGAUUGGGAUGAUGCGUCUAACUCCAGAAAUGUCAAUUUCUUUGUUAAAGCAAGGAGCUGUGGCAAAAGUUAUUGAAAUUUCAGUUGUUGAAUUUUUAGUUAAAAACUUCAUCGAUAAAAAAAAAGGUCUUACACCUGGAGAAGUAGCCUUGCUUGCAAACCUACUAAGUUACCAUCAACAAGAUUCCAAAGUGCAGGAUCUGCAACAGGCUUUGGAAGAAGCAUGGGGUGGUGAUGACUACAAUUACACCCUGUUGCUCUCAAGUGGAUAUGAAAGGGUGUCAGAUCAUAUUUUGGUUGACUUUUCUUGGCAGGGCAGCCAUUUCUUCCGUGACCAUGGAUCUGUUCACUACUGUGAGCUGAUAUCAUACUGGAUACUAGAAGGAUAUCUUAGUCCUUUUAACAGUCUUGAGGAGGCUUAUGAGGAGGGGCACCGCGUUUUGAUGCAGCUUAUGUACUGUCAAAUGCUGAAAGAAGUAAGUGAUGAUUUCCUCCAAAUGGUCAGCGGAACUGUACUUAUUAACUAUCAUCGUCAGGGAUAUGGUGGAAUAGCUAAUCUGGGGUUUGCUAAUGUUCUUGUGAAUAGUAAUUAUUGUCAUGGUAUUGGAAAAGUCACUUUGAUGGAUGGUGUGAUCAGAACACUUGUCAAUCAUAAAAAAGUGCAGCCAUUAAAAGUACUUUUACUUGACGGGAGUGGUCUCAGCGGGCAAGAUCUGAAUAGUCUCCUACUGAACAAUCAGGAGCUGCAAAUUCUGGGUCUUUUCAGCCUCAGAAUUACAUCAUUGCCAUUUGCCUCGUUGCUUCUGCGACUUGAAAAAACUGAACAUUCUUGUGCUCAGGGACUGUGA